AUGCUCAUCAACAGAAAAUUGUUGGUUGUUGUAGUCUGUGCCUGUUUGUUUCUCCAAUCAGCUCAUGCCAACCCAUUUGUAAUAGUGGGUGCAUUUUCUUAUGUGUUGAGUUCAAUCGUGAAAGUCAUCGAUCAUUCCCAAAAGUCUACAGUAAUAGUCGAGAAUCACGGACGUCAUCAUGCUCAUCUGUGGUGUGCUUCGAAAGAUGACAGGAUUGGUGACAAAGAUGGUGUGUGGGUUCAACCGGGACAGUCACUCGGAUGGUCUUUCCAUAAGAAGAAGAACACUCAAUUCUGGUGCACCAUGGACUGGUAUGGCAGGCGUUACGGAUGGGAUGUGUUUGUGGCUAAUUGGGGAGGACAACAUGGUCGAUGGGUGAUCAGAGACGAUGGAAUUUACAAUGGUGAUAACGGUCCGAAGAGAAUGGAACUGGAAUCCAAUAUUCCUGUUUAG